AUGGAUAUGUAUCGAUCUCUAUCCUUAUUCACAACCAAUAUAUGGGACACGAUAAAAAACCAGCUCUACAACGCCUGGUACCACAUCUACAGCUCCAUAUUCUGGAUCUCAUCUCUAGCAAGUUGUACAUCGAGACCAAAAGCACAAGACAUCUCCACAAAAAGCACUUCUUCUGUUUCCUUAAACAGAUCCAUCAGUUUUGAUCUUAGUACCCUGUCUCCCAAACAAGUCCAUCCUUAUGAUUAUGACCAGGAUUAUGACCAGGAUCAAGUAUCUUAUUUUAAUAGAUCUUUAUUUAAAAGACAUCGACCGCCACUUCCAAAUUUCUCAAACACAUUUACAGACGAGCCAAGAGAUCAUCAGAUACCAGCACAGCCUGAAUUAAAUAGCAUUAUCAGUGCCGGUGAUCGCGAAAAGCCAACCAGGCGUAGUUUCAGAAACCAUUUCCAGACUCUAAAACACCGGCAGCUGUCCUUAAACGACGUCAAACGCUCUCUAUUUCCUCGUCGUCAGUCAAAGGUCAACACAGCAGACAGUGUACCUAACUCUCCCAUACCUAGUCAUCAGAUUGUUUAUUUAUCAGAUCCAACUACUCCUACUAUUACCGAUACUCCUACUUCUACUACUGAUAUCAUUGCUACUACUACUGCUGUUGAUUUGGCCGGCUCUGUUCCGAUUUCCACUUCCACUUCCACUUCUACCUCUGCCUCUCUUCCUAUUCUUGCUUCUGUUGAAUCUAUCAAGGCAGACUGCAUUCACCGUCGCAGAUCUGUAUCGGAUGUACUUCUGAGAUCUAUAUCGGCGUGGAAGCAAAAAGACUCUAGGGCAAUCUCUCGACAAGAACCAUGGAACGUAUCUGCUCCAGAUCUAUUUAAUCCUUCUGUGCAGUCUCUAAACACAGGCUCUAACAGCCCCAGUAUUCCUACCGGUCUCUCCGAUCUUGGCAACCUUGAAGACCUCGGCGACCCUAACGACUUCAGUAACCUCGGUGGAUUUAGUAGCAGCUGUUCAUCAAACAAGGAUAGAAUACUGAGUAAAAGUCAAUCAUUUGCUUUGUUUCGCCGUAAGACAACGAUCGGAUCUUCUAGUAACAAAAAAUAA